UUCUCACCAAUCAUAUAAGAGAAAAGGAUACAUUGAUGAGGCUUCCCAAUCUCCGGAAGCUGAGCUGCAGGUUUUCAGAAUCUUACCACCAACAAUUGCCUGAAUUGCACUUUCUUCACCACCUGGAAUUUCUCGAGGCAUCCUACUAUAACGAACUUUGCUCAGGGCCAUGUCGGCAUAUGUUUAAACUUCCUUCAAGUCUCAAGCAAUUGACACUAAGCUAUUUUCGCUUGGCAUGGAGUAAUAUUUCAACAAUUGCAGACCUACCCAAACUUGAGGCUCUUGAACUACACCAAGCAUUUGAGGGAGAAGAAUGGAAUGUGGGAGAUCACAAAUUCUUGGAACUCAAAUUCUUGAAAUUACGCAACAUCAGGAUUGCACGAUGGAAGGCCACUGCUGAUUCCUUUCCUAGGCUUGAGCAACUAGUUUUGGUGGACUGCAGGUACCUUGAAGGGGUACCUUUGAGCUUCGGAGAAAUUUAUACACUAAAUGUAAUAGAAGUGAACCGGUGCAACUGCCCUUUAGCCAGUUCAGUCAGGGAAAUUCAGGAAGAGCAAAAGGAAAUGGGAAAUGAACAGCUCAGUGUCCGUGUUUGGAAUUCUGAUUCUGAACCAAAAAAAUGGUACAACUUCUAAAUGUAAAAGUGGCGACUUUAAUUCACCAAAUCCAUUCUGCAUUCAAGUAAUAAACCAGCAUCAACAUGCAAGCUAGCUAUCAAAGUAGGAGGGGCUGCCCGCCGUGGGAUUGAGGAGAAACUAAGCUCAUUAAAAGAAAGGGUUUUGAACUCACUGGGACAAUGCCUGACAUCCCAACGUCUCCCGGUUUUGAUGAAAUUGUGGUGGGAUUUGAGGAUGAAACUGAAAACAUAACAGGCCUGCUGAUUAGAGGACCAAAAGAGCUAGAUGUUGUAUCGAUUACUGGUAUGGCUGGGCUUGGCAAGACAACUCUGGCCAGAAAGGUGUUUUGCCAUAAACCUGUUAUUGAUUGGUUUCAUUUUCGGGCAUGGUGCUGUGUCUCUCAAGAAUAUGACAAGAACCGUGUAUUCCAUGAAAUUUUUAGUCAAGUUGCAGAUGAUGUGAGUGAGGAUGAUACAGAUGAAGUGGUGCUUGAAAUUUUAAUGAAAAUGUGCAAAGAUGAGCAAAGCUGGGCUGAUACUGCUGAAGCACUACGCAUGGCCCUACAGGGGAAGUGUAAAGGCCACAAGAUUAGGAAUGAUACGACUGAAGUGUUGUAUGAAAGUUUAAUAAAAAUGAGCGAAGAUGAUAACAGCUGGAAAAAGAUAUCUAGUACACUGCACGAAAGCAUAAUGGAGAAGUGCGAAAACACCAAGAAUUGGGAUGAUAUUGCUAAGCCGUUGUAUGAAAGCUUAAUUGUGAAUUUUGAAGACAAUAAUGUCAGAGAUGAUGCCACUGAAAUGUCUCCCAAAUUCCGAGUGGAAAGGCACAAAGACAUUAAGAUGUGGGAAGAAAUAACAAGUGCGAUAAGCCAAAGCAAAAUUGUAGACAAAAAAGACAUUAGGAGAACAGAUGAUGAAGUUCGGAAGUUGUUCAAAAGCCUACAGGAUCUAGCUGCUGGGGUGUUGUUCAAAAACAUAAAUGAAAAGUGCCAAGAGAAUGACAGUUGGAAAGAAAUGCUGGAAACAUUAUUCAAAAGCUUAAAUGAUAUAGUUGAAACGUUGCUCAUAAGCCUAAAUAAGAAAUGCAAAGACAGUAAAAGCUGGGAUGACAACAUAGCUGAGAAGCUACGCAAGAAACUGCUAGGACAAAGAUACCUCAUUGUCUUGGAUGAUGUUUGGAGAAAAGAAGCAUGGGAUGAGUUAAGUAGAGCUUUUCCCUCGGGCACAGGAGGAAGUAGAAUCAUCUUAACAAGUAGAGAAUAUGAUGUUGGAAAAUAUGCCAGGUCUGGUGCUGAUCCCCAUUCUCUUCGUUUUUUCACUACUGAAGAGAGCCAAGAUUUACUGCAUUUAAAGCUAUCUAAAGAGAAUGUUGGCCCUCCAGAGUUAAAGGAAUUUGGGAGACAGAUAGCAGAAAGAUGUGGUGGAGUACCUUUGGUGGUUGUUUUGGUAGCUGGUAUUCUACAAAAAAAGAUUGAAGAAAAAUACUUCUCGUGGAAUGAAUUUCUUCAAAGUUUAAGCUCACAUAUCAGGGGAGAUGAAUCUCGGAGCAUGGAUGUAAUAGCAUUGAGUUACAAGCAUUUACCUGAGCAUUUAAAGCCAUGCCUUCUUUACUUUGGGGCAUUCCCAGAGGACUAUGAAAUUCCAGUCUCCAAAUUGAUACAGCUGUGGAUGGCUGAAGGGUUUGUGAAACAAAUAGAAAAGAAGGUAUUGGAGGAUGAAGCAGAGGACUACCUGAAUCAUCUAAUUGGUAGUAACCUAAUAAUGGUUUCCACCAGGGGAUACAAUGGCAGUGUCAAAACAUGUCGUAUUCAUGAUCUGGUAGGUAGCUUUUGUCUUAAAAAAGCCAUGAAAGAUAAAUUCUUGAUGCAAUCAGACAGUGAACAAACCAGUCCACAUUCUGAAUUGACUUCUACUUAUGAUCGGUUUUGUUUGCAUAAAAGGAAUGAUAAAGAUCUUUCUCCUGAUUCAGCUCUGUCACUCAAUCCUAGUCUUGGCACGCUUUUGUGCUUUUCAUCACAUAACCUUGGCACAUUUUCCAUAUUUGCAUCCGAUGUGGAUCCUUCCACUGGUUCAUGGGUAGCUAGCACAUUCAAACUUGUGAAAGUACUGGACUUGGAGUCCAUAAUUGUAGGCAAAUCAUUUUUGUCCAUGGUGGAGUUUCUCCUUUGUUUAAGGUACCUUGCUGUUUGUCUAAAAGGUUGGGAUUCAGUUUCACCGCCAUCUCUAGAGCGUCUUCACCACCUAGAAACUUUCAAGGUGAAAUCAAGUGUGGGUAUGCAUUUACCAUUCAUGAUUUGGAAUUUAGAGGGUUUGAGACAUUUGCAUAUAGAUCACUAUUGUCCUUGGUGCGUCAACAUGAGAAAUUCUUUUCGUAUACCCACAAACCCUUUAAAUCUCCAAACCCUUUCCGUCCCGGUCCUAUUCACCUCACCCAUGGAUGAGCAACUGUUGAGGAAGCUUCCUCAUCUCAAAAAACUUAGAUGCAGAUUUUCAACGUCAUGGUAUAGGAAUUGCUAUAGAUUCCCUGAGUUGGGAUUUCUUGAUCAACUUGAAUCUCUGGAAGCAUGUUACGCCAGUGACAAUCUGAACGCACCAAUUCGCUCUGCAUUCGACUUUCCACCAAGUCUCAAGGAAUUGACACUCCACAAGUUUCGCCUGCCAUGGGAUAGGAUUUCAGUAAUUGCCAAGCUGCCCUGUCUUGAGUCUCUUGAACUGUUCUCAGCAUUUGAUGAUGAGCAAUGGGAUGUUGAGGAAGGGUACUUUUGCGAACUCAAGUUCUUGAGAAUAUGCGAAUCCAGGAUUGUGAGAUGGAAUGCCACUGCUGAAUCUUUUCCCAAACUUGAGCGACUGGUUGUGGCAAAAUGCAGGCAUCUUGAAGAGGUGCCAUCUGAUUUCGAAGAUAUUACUACUCUACAAGUAAUUGAAAUUGAUCAAUGCAACAGCUCUGUCGCUCGCUCAGUCAAGAAAAUUCAGGAAGACAUGGAGGCACUGGGAAACGAGAACCUAAAUGUUCGCGUACUGAAUUCUGAUCUGGAACUAGGAAAGUGGUACUUGUAACAGGCUCUGAAAACUGGAUUUCUUCAGUGGUUUCUCUUCAAAUUGAUGAGCACAGUCAGUCUGUUACAGAUGAUAUUCUGCGUUAAGGAAAACUUCCACUUCUGGUUUGGUACUUUGUGCUUCAGUGACUUCAAAUCUUUCAAGUAUUAUAAUGUUUGUGUUUGUGUCAUUUCAGACAUUUAUGUUCUGUGUUUUUAAGGAUCAAUGGAAUAAGUGAUCAAGUUCCCAGAAAACAUUAUGUGUAAAUAGACUGCUCCUAUGCACUCCCACAUUUGAGUAGGGAUGUGAUCACAUAAUUAGUGCUCAUUACUAUCAAACUUUCUGUUUAUUGGGGUUUUAGUGUGUAUUCAUUGUUAAAGAUGGAACAUAGAUGAAUAUGAAAAUUAUUCAUUUAAGUUGAA